AUGUGUCCUCGGCUGUAUACGUAUACACAUGCGUGUCAUAAUCUAGAAUCACCGCAUUUACCUAGCACUUCCUCUCCCACAGCAACAACCACAUCUACGACCACGUCAACGACUUAUACAAAUACAACAACUAUUUCAACAACCGUAAUGAGUACACCAACGAGAAAUGCAGCAUCUACAACAACAAACAUACCAACAAAUACAUCAAGUACACCAGGAUCAACAAUUACAACAGUAGAAACAAAUCAGACAUCAACCACUACAACAAAUACAACGAAAGGAAUCACAAGUCCUGCUACAGCAAGCACAUCAACAACUACUUCGUCAACCACAACAAGUACAACAACGACUACAUCAACAACUACGACGACUACUUCAACCACCACAACAAGCACAUCAACAACUACAUCAACAAGUACGUCUUCUACAACAACAAAAAGCACAAGUACAUCCACAACAUCAAGUACACAGCCACCCCCAUCAAGUACAGCAACAAGCACCUCAACAAGUACAACAAGUACAAGUACACAGACAAGUACAUCGUCAUCAACAAGUACACCGCCAACGACGUCGAGUUCUUCAAGCACAACAACAACAGGAAGUACAACCUCAAGUACGAGAACUGUCACCUCUACAAGCAGCACUGCCUCGCCAGUGAGUACAUCUACAAGUGCAACUUUAUCAUCAACAACAACAACAAAUGGUGGUUCAUGCCCCCAAACAGCUGAGUGCGCUUUUGUGAAUGGGCGAUGCAACUCCAGCUGUGGGGCGAACGAACAGGCGCUGUCCGAAUGCGUGAGAGGCUGCUCGUGCUGUGUUGCCGCUGACCAGUGCGCCACAACAACAGCUGAUUGCAAAGCCGUCGGCGGGUCGUGCACUCUGCCCGGCCCUGACCUUGCGUUGACCUGUGAUACCAUUGACCUGAGUCGGUGCCCCGGUUGUGCCUGUUGUAUUGACUGCCAGCAGCAGACGGACGCCACCUGCAGCAGCCAGUACAACGGGAAGUGCAAGAAAACCUGUGGCUCGACCGAAUUGCAAACAGGGGAGUGCCAGGAAGGUUGCAAUUGCUGUGGCUGCCGGACGACCAACAGAUGCAGUAGUCUCGGUGGACAGUGCAUCGCCAGCUUCAGCGACUGUCAAGGUGUGGCGAUCAAGGACGAGUGCAGCGGGGAAAGCUGUUUCUGUUGUAUACCAGAGAGCCCCUGCAGCUGGAGCACUCCGAGGUGCGCCCAGCUGUCCGGUCGCUGCGCCCCGUCGUGCAGCAGCGGCGAAGUCGGAGUCGCUGGCAUUUGCGGAAGCGACUCCUGUGUCUGCUGUACCUCCAGCCAGAACCAGUGCGGCGCCAGUUCCCUCUGCUCCAAGCUCGGGGGCAGCUGCGAACAGGGAUGCCCGGCCUUCGUCACUUCCAUUGAUGACCUUUGCCCCGGUGACCUGUGUUCCUGCUGUAUCUUCCUGGCUUCUGUCGCUCGGGGGAUUCCACCGUGGGACAGGCUUUCCGGAGUAUAGGGAGGAGGAACAUUUACUAGUCCUUAGCGGUGGAAGGAGGUGGAGGAUGAAACCUUGAUGCACUGGCUUCUUCAGGAUAUCACAGGCGGGAAGACCAAGAGCCACGAGAUGUAAAGAAAAUCAAAAACUUUUUUAUGUGACUUUGUGAUUGAUGUUAAUGCACGGUGUUUGUAGGUUUCACUUAUUCUUUUUCUUCUCGCAUUUUCUGUUUUAUUCUAUUUCUUAAAAAUCCUCUGUUCAUUUCUCUUGUCUAUUUUUGAUAGGCCCUUCCUUUCCUACUUUCUCUGUCUCUCUGUAUUUCUCUC